AAGGCCAACGCUGCCGCCAAAGCGACACUCAAGGGUGUCAACUCGCACAAGGUGACGAAGGUCCGCAAGAGUGCAUCUUUCCACUUGCCCAAGACGCAAAAGCUCGCGCGCGCGCCCAAGUACCCUCGCAGGUCCAUUCCUUACCAGCCCCGCCUCGAUGCCGGCAAGAUCCUCAUCCACCCUCUCAACACUGAGAGCGCCAUGAAGAAGAUUGAGGAGAACAACACCCUCGUCUUCAUCGUCGACACCAAGGCCAACAAGAGGCAAAUCAAGGAGGCGUUGAAGAAGAUGUACGAUGUGGACACCAUCAAGAUCAACACCCUUAUCCGACCCGACGGUACCAAGAAGGCCUACGCCAGGUUGACUCCUGACGUCGAUGCCCUAGACAUCGCCGCUACCAAGCUCGCGAUUGUCUAG